AUGGUGCGGAGCGCUGCCCGGGCGCUCGGCGCGACGCCGGUCGUGGUGAUGGUGAUGGGCGGGCUGCUCUUGUGCUACGGCCUGCUAGCCUUUACGGCACUGCCAAGCAUGCUGCGCAUCGAGAACGGGUGCCGCAUGUCGCAGAUGUACCCGUCGUACGUGUCGCACAACGAGGCGCUGCGGCUGCAUUCGCGCUCGGCCUCGCCGGUGAUGAGCAAGUACUCGCUGCUCGAGUACCGCGAGUGGGACGAGCGUAAGCGUCCGAUCGGUGAAAAGAGUGCGAUGGCGGCGCUGUUUAUCCCUGGAAAUGCAGGGAGCUACGGGCAGGUGCGCAGUAUGGCGUCCAGCGGCGCGACACAGUACUGGGUGACCACCGCGCCGAUCCACGGGCCGGAGCGCGACAAGCCUCAGGAGGAGUGGAAGGAUGGGCCGGGGCCGGUCGACUGGUACACGCUCGACUUUAACGAGGACUUUUCUGCGUUCCACGGCCAGACGCUCCGCGACCAGGCGUACUUUGUGAACGAGGCCGUGCACUACCUGCGUUCGAUCUACCCUGCGCCAGACAGCGAAAAGAUGCGCGUAGAUGAGCGCAAUAUCACCGUGACGCUCGUUGCACACAGCAUGGGCGGCAUUGUCGCCCGCCUCGCGCCGCACCUGCCAAACUACGUGCCGCGGAGCGUCGACACGAUCAUUACACUCUCGACACCGCACGCGUUUCCUCCGGUGCCGAUCGACCGCUCGCUCGAGGGGGUGUACGAGCAGGUGAACCACCAGCCGCCGCCCCACGAUGAGCCGGCUCCGCUGCUGAUUUCGCUUGCGGGCGGCGUGCUCGACACGCAGCUGUCCUCGGACGCGUCUGCACUCGCGCUUGCAGGGAUCCAGACGCCGCUCACGCGCAUCUCAUCGUUCACGACGGCGCUCUCGAUGCUCUGGAGCAGCGUCGACCACCUUGCGGCGGUGUGGUGCGACCAGCUGCGCUACAAGAUCGCCCGCGGUCUCUUGCUCGAUUACAAGUACUUUGGCAAGGUCGCCGAGGACCGCAGCGAGCCAGACGAGCGCAUCGAGCGCCACGAACUGUGGCGCAAGCUGCUGGGCGUGCCGCUCGACGGGGCGACUGCUGAGGAGGGCCAUCUCGAUGCCGUCGCCGCCCAGAUUGGCCCGCCGCCGAUCCGCGACUUGUCGCCGCGCUUUGAGCGCAAGGGCGAGGGUGAUACCAACGUCUUUGAACAACAGCCCGGCUCCGAGAUCCACCAGAUUGUCCAGGGGCCGGGACCGCGCACCGUGCACGAAUGGCCCGUGCAGCCGGACGAGUCGCUUUCGUUCGAGCUGCUGACGAACCUGGCCGUUGGGCCGAGCCCGAAUACCGGGCCGCCCGUCAUGCAGGCCAUCGAGCUUGUGACGGUCUUGUGUCAGCGUACCAUCACACUCAAUGAUCCGACCAAGAUGGGACGCGCGUGGUGCCAUGCGGUGCUCCCGACGCGCUACGAGACCCUGCCGCCGUCGCCUCCCCCACAAAAUGCGCCGCAGUACCUGAUGGACUUUCCAAACGCUUCGCUGGUGUACGAGUCGCCGCCCGCAUCCAUCAGGCGCCUGCGCCUCUCUGCCGACUUUUUGCGCGAGAACCACAUCCACUUUAUCCGCACGGAACACCGCACGCAGGAUGGCCAAUACGCGGGCGCCGGCUCGCUGCACAGUCAGACACUGCUUACCUCGGGAUGGAGUGAGGAGGAUAUCCCCGUGCUGCCGGGCGCGCCUUUUGCCGGCAGCAAAACGUGGGCGCUUCCAGGCAUGGAUCUACCGAACCUCUUGUCGUCGCAAACGCCCGAAGGGCACGGGCCGCACUGGUCGUGGGUAUGGCCGCAGGUGGACUCGUCGCUCCUUGCAUACGAUCUCGAACUCGAGCCGGCGGCGUGUGCGCUCAGUCCAAACGUCACCUUUAUGCCGCGCACGGCGCCGAUCCUGCGCGUGUCGAACCGCGCCACCAAAGACGCACGCGUCUAUCCCUCGCUCGACGUCACAAAAAAGGUGCGUGUGCCGAUGGCAUUGCACGGAAACGCGCCGUUCAUGCCGCGCUCGCGCCGCGGAACUGGCGGUACACUCCUCGAGCUCUGGGUGCCGGACCGGUUCGAAGGCACGGUCUUUUCCAAUACCUACAACACGAAGUGCCCGCUGCCGUUUGACCGCGUACGUCUGCGCGUGCGGUGGCGCGCAAGUGCAGCAUUGCUUGUGCUGCGCUACCGCUUUGCGUUGCUUGCAUGGCCCAUUGCGGUACUUGCACUCGCCCACACCCGGUUCUUUGCGUCGAACCAAAUGAUGCCGACCGAUGCGCUCGGCGGCCUCGCCACGCGCCGGUCGAUGCUGGGGCUCUUGAGCGCGCCGUUCUGGGUGCAGCUCGCUGCACGCACCGCCGAGGCGAUUGGCAUGCAGGGACGCUGGUACUCGCUCGGCGUAGGUACGACCGACCUGCGCUUUGCUCUGCUCGGGCCACUGCUCAUGUUCCUCGCGUACGGCAUGGCGAUGCUCCUGGCGCUCGUCUCGGAAAUGUCCGUGCAUCUCUUGUACCACGCGCUACUUCGGUACGCGCCCCAUUGGGUGCCACUCCUCGCAGCAAGCCCCGCGCUGCCGGCGACCAAGCUCCCGUCGCGCGCCGAGCUCAUACAGUGGGCGACGGACCGCCGCACGAUCGCCUCUGCGGCACUGCUCGUUGGCUGCUGGAUCGUACUGCCUUACCAGGUGCUGGUCCUCUCUGGCUUCCUGAUGCACCUCGUGACCCUCUUUGGCUCGUACAUUGCGUGGCAGGAGGCAGAAAAGGCGCCGCGCGCCGCACAGCCCGCCGAGUGGGAAACGGACGUGGCACCGCACGAAACGCAGCAUGCACGGACACUGCGUGCACUGCAGUCACAACAUGCCCAACACGCAUGGCUGCAUCUGUUCCUCAUGUGGAUGUUGCCGCUGCACAUCCCGAUCCUCGUCGUCUGGGUGCGCAACGUCAAUGUGAGCAUCCGCAUGGGACUCACGCGCACCGAGCACGGGAUCGUGGCUAGCAUGUUCCUCCUUGCGCUCGUGUACCUGUACGCGAGUCCGACGCUGUACGAGCGGCCGAAGUACAAGCGGUACAUGCUCAUUACCAAGGGCGUGUACAUGGUCUUGUUUGCGACUUCGUUGGUGUACGGCAUUCGCUUCACCUAUACACAAUACGAGGUCUUUCAGCUGGUGCUGGCAUGGGAGGUGCUGCACCGCCUGUACGCUUUGUACGCAUUGCCGCCACCGCCCGAUGUACGUCAGGGCGAGCGCGAGAUCUUUGUCUUGGAGCCGGUGCACUCGGCCUUGCCGGAUGCGGUGCAAGGACCGGGGGAUGUGCCGAGCAUCACAGCAUCGCUCGCAACACCCGCGCCAGAAAGCGACACGGCGCGGGCCGACCGCCUCGACGAGGCGUGGGCCGCGUACCUCGCCACGCUCGAAGAGUACCUCGCCGCUCGCGCGGCCAUGUCGACCUCGAUCGCCGCUGGAUUCACUCAGCUGGCCAAGGCCAAGGUGGCGCUUGGUGGUUCGUUUGGGAUGCGUGUGAGCCAAGACAUGUACGAUGCGCGUAUGAAGGCGCGCGUGCAUAUGAAUGACGGGCAUCUCGAGCGUGUCCAGGACGAGCGUGUCCAGGACGAACCUGCGCCGUCCACGUCCGAGACGGGCCUGCGUCGCCGCCGCGCGGCUGCCUCGACCGAGGACGCCACCGAAAAGCCCGCUGCAGAGAAUGCAGCCGAGACACCUUCUAAGGAAGAAGCCACCGAGCCCAAGGAGGCGCCGGUGCGUGCUCCGAUCGGCUUCGACCCGCUGUUCCAGUUCAGCGGUCUGCCGCCGCCAUCACUUCGAUCAGCGCAGCAGCACUUCCGCGACGCGCUUGCGACGCUGGUCGACACACAAACUCCUAUUGCCUCGGUUUCAAGUACAAAUGCGAUCUCUACGCUACAGCGGCGGCUGGUGGACCUCGAAAGCAAGAUCCGCGCUUGCCACAGCGAUCCAGCGUAG